GCCCCGUCGACGCUUCGCCGCGCCACAGCCGCCCUUGUGCAGCCCAUUCUCGCCGGCUGAGCUUGGUGUUUGGUGUACGUAAAAACACGCGGACGCCACCGCGCGACGCCGUCGACGCGGGAAAGCUCCGGGCUAAGACACAGCAGCUUGCAAGCCCCACCGCGGCACCGGCCGCGCGCGACGCCGUCGACGCGACCGGCGUCGCACGAUGCGGGCUGCAGGGUCGGCGGCGGCGGGACCCGCGGGCACCAAGGCUGCCCCAAGGCCGAAAAUCACUGACCAGGGGCUGUCGGACGACGACCUGCACGAGGAGUACGCCUGGGCCUUCGUGUUACAUAAUCUGGUGCCCUUCGCCGACAAGCUUCUGGGAAUCGCCGGCGCGAUGGACCAGCGCCCCCUCUCCAUCUAUGAUUGGCCGCUGCGCCUGCCCUUCAUCGUCUGGGCGGCCGCCCGACCGUCUUCACAAAUGGCGGUGAUGGUCGCCCACGUUGUCAACGUCAUAUUCUGGGCCGCGCGCAUGCCGGCCGUCUGGGACUACAUGUGCUGGGUCGCGCUGACGGAGCUGACGUAUAUCGCGGCGGUGUUUGGAUGCGCAAAAAACCAGGCCCUGAUGCGGGGUCGCUUCCUGCCUUCAGUCAAGGCGUUAUUGAUCACGCUAUACUUCUCCGCGGCCUUCUGGAAGCUGACGACCGGGUUCCUCGACCCCAAGGUCUCGUGCGCGGCCACGCUCGUCGCCGAGCUUUCGGCCGCAUUGUUCGGCGCCCGCGUGCCCGCUUCAUCAUCAUUCGCCCGCGGUUUGUUGGCGUCGGCGCCGGCGCAGAUUGUUAUCAUAGAGUUCCUCGUGCCGUCCCUAUUACUCGCGAAGCACCGAUCCGCGGUGCCCGUCGCGCUCGCGUUCCACUUCCUCAUCAACCUCAUGCCCGUGACCUACGCCGGCGGCUUUAGCAUCGCCAUGUGCUGUAGAUUGGUCCUGUUCCUCCCGGGGUCGCUCCGGGCCGCGUAUGAUGCCCCGGCGCGGCCCGCGGCCCGGCGUGCGUGCGUGCCGCUGGCGUUUUCAGCAUUAUUAUAUAUCUACGCGCACCGGGCGGCCUUCGACACGGCCGGCCUGCUCUUCCUGGGGCUCGGCUGGGCCUAUUUAUCGAGGGCGCUCUUCGAGGAGGCCCCUGAGAUCACCGGUUCCGCCGACGUGACAUUAAGGCGGCGCGCCGUCAUUGUUGGAGGAAUAGGCUACGGCUUCCUGGCGCCGAUCCUGGGACUCAUGGCCAUGGCGUCGAGCACCAUGUACGGCAACGUAAGGCAGUUCGACGGCGUGGGAGGGAACCAUCUGAUCGUCCCGACGGGCCUCUUGCAGAAGUGGUGCCGCGACAGUCGUUCAAUGCUGUGUUCUGGCUUCGGCGGCGGCAUGGUGCGGUUGGAGCGGAAAGGGACGUCGGGGUCGGUCUUCGACGAGCUCUACUUUUUGGCCGACAUCACGCACGAGCAGCCCCCCUAUGCUCGAAAAAUGCUCGACGCUUCGAACUACACGGGCCGCUACUUCGAGUUCUACGCGGCGCGGAACUAUUUUGAUCGUGGCAAGGACCACGGCGCCACGGCGCUGCACAACGAGAAGGCGGGCGACGUCGCGCCGACGGCGCCUCCACUUCCGCCGCCUUCCUCAAUCGCGAUGCCGGCCUACGAAUUACGGCGGGCUUUGAGGCUGGCGCGGCGGCGCGGCGAGCCCUUCUCCGUCAAGUACGUGCCCCUUUCUUCUUCACUACCCUCGGCGUGGGCCGUUGAAAAGCCCCCCAAAAAAAAUUAUGUGGCCUACGCGUGGCCUUCCGGAAUAUGUAGAGGGAGUUGCGGCGCCGACGCUUUGGUCCAUUUGCCGCGCCCUCCCCUACUACUCCUGUCCUUGUUGCAUCCGUACCCGACGCCAUUACUGGGCGACGGCGACGAGCCCCACUGCACGACCUGAUCUUGCACAUAGCUCUUGUAUAUAAUUGUUCACAGCUUAA